AAGAAGUAGAACAAGUAGAGCUGGGGCACUCCACGCCUUAUUCACGCCAAAAUCGUGAGAGAAAAAAUGGGAAGGAGUUAAUAUUGAAAUGGAAUGGUGGAUGGAUCUCUUGUUUUUGUGUUAAAUUGAGAACCAGAGAUCUGAUUUGGCUCAAUUCAACAGCAUGUUGGAGGGUCCUUCAUAUCUUGUUUCGAGGCAGCUUCCGAGCUCGUGUGAGCAAGAGAGUCAGUGGAUGUACAACACUCAACGGGUUCUUGAAUUGUCCAACAGUAAGCGGCCACUUGAAGAUGGGGAAGAGGUGGCAUUGAGGAAGGCAUGCAAGCAUGCAGAUACUGUUGAUCGAGUGGAAGCAGUGAUGGAUAAUCUUGCCCUUUCCCAUGCCAAAUCUGACCAGUCAAACGACCAGAAUUUUGCUCAUUCUCAUGUCAACUGUGACCAGCCAAACAAUCAGAAUCUUGAUCAAUACCAUGCCCAAUCUGACCAGCCAAAUUACCAGAGUAUUGCUCCUUCCCAUGCCAACUGUGACCAGCCAAAUGACCAGGAUCAAGACAGUAACAACUACGAUCCCAAUUCAUUGUUUCACCAACUUGGAAGGGAUGUCUCUAUAAACUGUCUCCUUCGUUGUUCAAGGGCUGAUUACGGAUCAGUUGCCAUGUUGUGUAGGAGUUUCCGCUCUCUAAUACGAAGUGGAGAACUAUACACUCUGAGGCGAAGAAUGGGUAUUGUAGAACAUUGGGCUUACUUCUCUUGUGCUCUCUCUGAAUGGUGGGCAUUUAAUCCAGAUCGCGGACGUUGGAUGCCUUUGCCUAAAAUGGAAAUAAAUGGAUGUUUCAUGUGUUCAGAUAAGGAGUCUAUAGCCGUUGGCACCGAACUUCUUGUAUUUGGAAAGGACUAUAUGUCCCAUGUGGUUUACAAAUACAGCCUUUUGACACACAGGUGGUCAUCCGGCCAAUUGAUGAAUACACCUAGGUGCUUGUUUGCUUCUGCUAGCAAUGGGGAAAUUGCUAUUCUAGCUGGCGGUUGUAAUCCACGUGGCGAUAUCUUGAACACUGCUGAGCUUUACAAUUCAGAAACUGGAACUUGGUUGACUCUUCCAAGCAUGAAUAAGCCUAGAAAAAUGUCUUCUGGGGUGUUUAUGGAUGGCAAGUUUUAUGUCAUAGGCGGGAUUGGAGUGGGAAGCUCAAAUGCACUUGGCUGUGGGGAGAUUUAUGAUUUGGAGAGGGGGACUUGGACUGAGAUACCUAACAUGCACCCUAGAAAAAGUGGAGGGGAUGGAGCAACUGAUAUGCCUGCUACAGCUGAGGCACCUCCUCUGCUUGCAGUUGUAAAUAACAUACUGUAUGCUGCAGAUUAUGCAGAACAGGAGGUGAGAAAAUAUGAUAAGGAGAGGAAUGUGUGGGUUAUCAUUGGGAGAUUGCCUGAGCGGACAUCCUCAAUGAAUGGUUGGGGAGUAGCAUUUCGGGCGUGUGGUAAUCGGUUAAUUGUAAUUGGUGGACCUAGGGGUUCCACCGUAGGGCAAAUUGAAAUCAACUCUUGGGUGCCCGAUGAAGGUCCGCCGCAGUGGAACCUGCUUGCUGUAAAGGAUCCAGGAGGCUUUGUCUAUAAUUGUGCAGUGAUGGGAUGCUGAAGUGUCCGCUUUCCGUGACACCAUGUGCUGGCUGGACGGGUGGAUUUACAGUUUUCGCCUUUCAAGUUGGGUUCCAGUUUCUGGGUAAUUUCUGCUCUCAAAAUGAGACAAUUCAGGUUAAUCUAGAGUCAUAGAUACAUUUACAGAAAAGAGGCCUGGAGAGUUAGUUUCCUUUUUCAAAAGUUUCUUAAGUUUACCUUUAGUGUGUUGCAUCUCUUUUAUUUACAUCUUUGUUACUUUGAGAGCUUUUCAAAGGUUGUAUCAUGUAGAAGCAUCAAAAAUGAAUAAGCUGAAGUACUGGUACAUUUGUAGGUUGUGAUGUCCAUUUCAUAAUUCCAUCAAAACAUUGCAGAAUUAUGUAAUGGUUCAUUCUUCCUUCAUUUCCUUGAUUUAUCAAUUUAAUAUAACUCUGAGUUCUCUUUUCCCCUCCCAAAUAGGAGGAAAA